UUUCAAUUAUCUACACUUUUCUAAAUUACAACACUCAUAUAUAAAAAAUGUCAGACGAUCAAGAUUUUACAAAUUUAUUUGGUUCAGACGAUGAAGCUUCUGAUAUUGAUGACGGACGGUCUCAAACAUCUCAACAAAGUCAAACCUCACCACAACCUCCAUCUUUAACACAACGACCACAAACAACUGUUUCUGACAAUGACGACGACGACGACGACUCGGACGCUGGUAGUGAUGCUAUUAUGUAUACUCGACAACAAAAUACAGUAGACGAUCUGUUUGGAAGCGAGGAAGAAGAAGAAGAAGAAGAUAUUGUAGCCAAACGACAACAACGACGAUUACAAAAACGCGCAGAAAGACAUACUAUAUCCGAUGUUGAAGAAGAUGAAUCUCGAGAUCAACAACAAGAAGAUGGAAUUCUCUAUGAUGAAGAAGAAGAAUUAGGCGAAGAUGAAUAUGAUAUGGCUCGAAAACAGCAACGUGUGGAAGUGGAACUGAACAUGCCAGCAUUACCCAUACCCAAUAGUGAAGAUGGAAAGUAUUUUUUGGCCAAAUUACCACGAUUUUUGGAUAUCGACAUGAAGCCAUUUGAUGCCAAUACAUUACAACUUGAAGUGGAAGAAGGAAUGACCGAAGCUGAACAAUUAGAAUCCAUCCGACAACAAGUAGAAUCUACCAUACGGUGGCGUCAACGAUUUGAUGAAAAUGGAAAUGAGAAAAUAGAAUCCAAUGCUCAUUUUGUGGAUUGGGAGGAUGGAUCAAGAUCACUGAUGAUUGGCCAAGAAUGCUUUGACGUAGUGACCAAAUCAAUGAGUGGACAAGAAUACACCUUUUUACUAGCACAUCAGACCUCAUCCGGCGUACUGGAGAGUCAUACCCAAUUCACCGAUCAUAUGACCUUCCAACCAAGUCAUGUACAUAGUUUGACUCAUCGACAUCUGACGGCACAUAUUGCUGGCAAGCACGUCAAGAAAACAAGAACAAAAAUGUUCUUUACGGAUAUGGACCCUGAAAAGCAAAAGCAAGAAUUGGAAGCUCAAGAAAAUGAACGAUUACGUGCAGCCAAAAAACUAGAAAGUCAACGUCGACGUGCUGAAUUACAAUUUGACGAUAGUGGGCGACAUCAAGAUUACGACUAUGGCGAAGAUGAAGAAAACAUGGGUGGAGGACGUCGUCGUGGUAAUGGUGUAUCUUCUCGUGUUGGUGGUAUACGUGAUGAAGAACGAGGUACUACAGCUGGUGGUUAUGUAGGUCGUGGCGAUGCAUAUGAUGAAGACUUUGUGGUGGAUGAUGAAGAUUACGAUGAAGAAGAAGAACGGGAACGCGAACAACGUUUAGCACAGGUCAAGCAAAGUGGUAUGGAUAGAUAUCGACGUCGACACUCGGAUGAAGAAGAAGAGGAAGAGGAAGAAGAAGAAGAAAUGGAAGAAGAAGAGGAAGAAGAAGAAGAAGUAGUAGUAAGGCGACACAAACGACGGCAUGUAGAAAGUGAUGAUGAAUAGAAUAGUG